UACCGGUAUGCGGACGUACAGCAGGCGUGCAGCAUAGCAGUGAUAAUCUUUUUUAGGAAGACCGUAAAUUUAUAAACCGGACAUAACAAUCACAGUGAUUUUAAGUUUCGUUGGACAUCCGGAUAGAAUUUUCACUGAAUUUGAUCAUGGCUUCUAGAAGAUGGUUCCAUCCAAAUAUAUCAGGAAUGGAAGCUGAACAGCUCCUUCUAAACAAUGGUUUUGAUGGAUGCUUUCUGUGUCGACCAAGUAAGAGUAAUCCAGGUGAUUUCACAUUAUCAGUCAGGCGUAAUGGAGAGGUGACCCACAUCAAGAUCCAGAACACGGGUGAUUUCUUUGAUUUGUAUGGAGGUGAAAAGUUUGCUACUUUGGCUGAGCUGGUGCAGCAUUAUACAGAAGGGAGGAAUCAACUUAAAGAACGAAAUGGUCAGAUGAUUGAACUCAAAUAUCCUCUCAACUGUGCAGAUCCAACCAAUGAAAGAUGGUUUCACGGGCAUAUCACUGGCAAGGAAGCAGAGAAAUCCUUGAUGGAUAAAGGAAAGAAUGGAAGUUACCUUGUUAGAGAGAGCCAUAGUAAACCUGGUGAUUAUGUACUUUCUGUACGAACUGAAGAUAAAGUCACCCAUGUCAUGAUCAGAUGUCAGGAUACCAAGUAUGAUGUUGGUGGAGGUGAACAGUUUGAAACCUUAACAGACCUGGUAGACCAUUAUCGAAAAAACCCAAUGGUAGAAACAACAGGAUAUGUGGUGCAUCUCAAAGUGCCUUUUAAUGCAACCAGGAUAUCAGCUUCUGGAAUCAGGAAUCGAGUUGAAGUCUUAGAGAAGGAAACAAACUCUAGAGAAAACUCAAAGAAAGCUGGAUUUGAAGAAGAAUUUGAGGCAUUACAACUGUUGGACAACAAGCAUCUUCUCCCAAGAAAAAUUGGAGAUAAAGCAGAAAAUAAGAGCAAGAACCGUUACAAGAAUAUACUUCCAUUUGACCAUUCAAGGGUUAUUAUCAACGAUGGCUACCCCGGUGACUACAUCAAUGGUAACUAUAUUGAUUUACCAAAGGCAUGGAAGAACAGUAUUGAACUUCAACAACAAGGUGAAAAUGUAGAGAAGAUAGACAUGAGUUGGGAACAUCAGAAACGUUACAUUGCUACACAAGGUUGCCUCAAGGACACAGUACCAGAAUUCUGGAGAGUGGCUUGGCAAGAAAAUUCAAGAGUCAUCGUCAUGACAACUAAAGAAGUAGAAAGAGGGAAGAAUAAAUGUGUACGUUACUGGCCUGAUGCUAAUACCAAGAAAGACACUGGAUUGAUAACAGUAACACACAUCUCAGAACAAAGUAUGGCAGACUAUGAUCUAAGAGAAUUCUCUCUCUCUCAUAAAGACUUUCCUGAUGAAUCCAGACCAAUGUUCCACUUUCACUUUAAGAGUUGGCCUGAUCAUGGUGUUCCUUCUGAUCCUAGCAGAGUUCUUAACUUUCUUCAAGAUGUCAACAAAAAACAGGAAACAUUCCCUGAGGCUGGUCCCAUCAUUGUUCAUUGCAGUGCUGGUAUUGGAAGAACAGGAACAUUCAUAGUCAUUGAUAUCAUUCUCAACCUUAUUAAGCAACAUGGUCUUGACUGUGAGAUUGAUAUCUAUAAUACUAUCAGGCUUGUAAGACAGCAACGCUCAGGUCUGGUACAAACUGAAGCACAGUAUAAGUUUGUAUACAGGGCUGUUCAGCAUUAUAUUGAGACUCUAUCACAAAGAGUAGCUGCAGAGCAGAAUACAUUGAAGACUGGCCGUGAGUAUAUCAAUACUAAGAGAGCACACUAUGAGGUUCAACAGCAUCCAGGCUCUACACCUAUCAUGUCACAACCUCUCCUCAAUGAAGAAAAGAAUGUUUAUCAGAAUGUUGGUCCUAUUAACAAGUCAUCACCUAUUCCUCCAAGAUCACGUCCAGCGCAGCCUCCAGUCCCAAAGUCCAACAAUAUCAAAUAACAAGUCCAGCAAUCGGUCUCUUCUCUUAACAGGCUCUUCCAUUUUCAAUUCUGCUAUAGAUGCUCUCUUUUCUAAGGUGCACAUUGGUAUAGGAAGAACACUUCUUUAUAAAGCAUGUCAAAAAUAUUCUAGUUAAUACAUCUCCAUUUCCUGAACCAUGUAAAGGUUUUCAAUAUCACCUUAAACCAACAAUAAGAUGCAAAGUUUCUCUUAAAAAUUUCAACGGAGU